UAGUGCAAAGGUCUGAAGGGAGGACAGAGCUUGGUGAGGUGCAGGGACAAGCCUCACGGAGGCCUUUGUGGCUUGGCAGAGCGAGGGAGCAGGGAGGAGAUGAGUCCAGGGGCUGCGGGGCAGGCAGGGCCCUGUCACUGGGAGCCUUGUGGACUGUCUGUGAAGGAAUUUGGAAUUUCAGCAGGAACAGCCUGGUCAGAUUUAGGGUGUUAGUAGGUGACAUAGCAGAGGGUCACAGGCUCCUGCCUGGGGGGGUGGGUAGAUUUAAGUAAGCGGAGCAGGGCGUUUCACAGGCCUCCCACUUCCCCCCGAGUAGCAUCACUGCCUUACAGCCAGCAAAGGCCCGAGGGUUGCCUCCCUCUCCUGUGGUUUUCACACCAUGUUCCCCAGAGCCCGUGGCUGUUACUUUUAGGGAAAGAGGAGGGGAGGCUCAUUGGGCUGAUUUCUCUGCCCUUCCCUCCCCAACCCAACCAGCCGGACUAAUACUGAAUAGCAACACAGAGCAGCAGUCACACCUGAUACAGACAGCACCCGCUGACCCUGCGUCCACGCUACUGUGGGCCUGCAGGCCUGCGCCAUUCCCGCUGCUCCUCUGGAAUUGGAAAGACCAGGUCUUGUGACUGGCGCCCAGCACCAAGGUCUCUGGCGGGCCUCAGCAGGGCCCGGGUGCUCUGAGUGUGCCGAGUAAGGGACGGCAAGCCAGGCCGGCCAAGAGGAGACUGCAUGUCAGAGGUCCCCGCAGGAGUUUCUUCAGCCCAGCCGUCCUGCCGGAGAAGCUCGUUCGCAGAUGUUGUUUCUAAGGACUGUGCCCUGUCCACGGCGCCUCCUGCAUGUCCUGCUGCCCUGAGCUGUCCCGAGCUAGGUGACAGCGUGCCACGCUGCCACCAUGAACGAGGUGUCUGUCAUCAAAGAAGGCUGGCUCCACAAGCGCGGUGAAUACAUCAAGACCUGGAGGCCACGGUACUUCCUUCUGAAGAGCGAUGGCUCCUUCAUUGGGUACAAGGAGAGGCCCGAGGCCCCUGAUCAGACCCUUCCCCCCUUAAACAACUUCUCUGUAGCAGAAUGCCAGCUGAUGAAGACCGAGAGGCCACGGCCCAACACCUUCGUCAUACGCUGCCUGCAGUGGACCACAGUCAUCGAGAGGACCUUCCACGUGGAUUCUCCAGACGAGAGGGAGGAAUGGAUGCGGGCCAUCCAGAUGGUCGCCAACAGCCUCAAGCAGCGGGCCCCAGGUGAGGACCUCAUGGACUACAAGUGUGGCUCCCCCAGUGACUCCUCCGCGGCCGAGGAGAUGGAAGUGGCGGUCAGCAAGGCACGGGCUAAAGUGACCAUGAAUGAUUUCGACUAUCUCAAACUCCUUGGCAAGGGAACCUUUGGCAAAGUCAUCCUGGUGCGGGAGAAGGCCACUGGCCGCUACUACGCCAUGAAGAUCCUGCGGAAGGAAGUCAUCAUUGCCAAGGAUGAAGUCGCUCACACAGUCACCGAGAGCCGGGUCCUCCAGAACACCAGGCACCCGUUCCUCACUGCGCUGAAGUACGCCUUCCAGACCCACGACCGCCUGUGCUUCGUGAUGGAGUAUGCCAACGGUGGCGAGCUGUUCUUCCACCUGUCCCGGGAGCGUGUCUUCACAGAGGAGCGGGCCCGGUUUUAUGGUGCAGAGAUUGUCUCGGCUCUUGAGUACUUGCACUCGCGGGACGUGGUGUACCGUGACAUCAAGCUGGAAAACCUCAUGCUGGACAAAGACGGCCACAUCAAGAUCACUGACUUCGGCCUCUGCAAAGAAGGCAUCAGUGACGGGGCUACCAUGAAAACCUUCUGUGGGACCCCAGAGUACCUGGCGCCUGAGGUGCUGGAGGACAAUGACUAUGGCCGGGCCGUGGACUGGUGGGGGCUGGGUGUGGUCAUGUACGAGAUGAUGUGCGGCCGCCUGCCUUUCUACAACCAGGACCACGAGCGCCUCUUCGAGCUCAUCCUCAUGGAAGAGAUCCGCUUCCCGCGCACGCUCAGCCCCGAGGCCAAGUCUCUGCUUGCCGGGCUGCUUAAGAAGGACCCCAAGCAGAGCCGCUCUGGGAGGCAGGUGCUGACGGCCGUCUCUGCCCAGGCUUGGUGGGGGGCCCAGCGAUGCCAAGGAGGUCAUGGAGCACAGGUUCUUCCUCAGCAUCAACUGGCAGGACGUGAUCCAGAAGAAGCUCCUGCCGCCCUUCAAACCUCAGGUCACGUCCGAGGUCGACACAAGAUGACAGCCUGGGCUUACUGGAGCUGGACCAGCGGACCCACUUCCCCCAGUUCUCCUACUCGGCCAGCAUCCGCGAGUGAGCAGUCCGCCUACGCAGAGGACGCACGCACGCAGCCAUCACCGCCGGGUGGUUUUUUCCCCCUAACUUUUUACUUUGCCUUUUUGGUUUGUGUCCCCACCCCCACCUCACCCCCUUUCCAGUUCUUCAGGCCCCUCCCAGACGCACCCCAGCGGCCCCAGCAGCCCCUGCAGCCCCUGCCUCCAGCCUCACCUUUGUGCCCAGACUCGCUUUUGGGAUACUCCACCUCUCACCCAGGCCCGGGCUGUUGGGCGGUUGGAGAGAUUCAGGUUUUAAUCUACGCAAGCCCCAGUGAGGGGUGAAGCCUGACACCCAGGGCCUGCCUGAGUUUCUGGCCCGGGUGUCAUGCUGGUGGCUGCCUCCGCACUGCUGCUUCCGGAUGAAGGCUGCCUUCUGGUGGGACGCGACACCCGGCAGACAGUGGUGCUGCCUUCCAGGCCCCGUGGCCUAGGCUCGGAGUGGCCAGGCACGGGGCGGUCCAACCCCUCACCUGCUGUCCCCCCAUGGGGGCAGAAAAGCAAUAAUGUCCAGGGGCAGGCAGGGGCCCUUGGGAGCUGCAGGGAUGGGGGUUAGGGCUGCUCCCUGGUGAAUGGAGCCAGGUCCCAGGAUCUGCGCCUUGGGGAACUGGGAGGGGUUGGGCUGGGCGCCGCCUCCUGGUCCUGUCUCCUCUCCACCAAGCUGCCCUCACCCUAUGGAUUGAGGCAGGAGGAACAUUUUGGGGCAAACCUGCCUGCCUCCCAGCCCCGUGCCUUACUAGGGCUUCCUUCCAGCUGGCCUUACCUCCUGCUGGACCCCGGGCCUGGCCUGACCCCAUUGGGGGCUGUGGGCUGGGCUCACCCCCUUCUCAGCGGGGGUGGAGGGGCACCAGCCUCGGCUGUUACAAUCUUACACCGGACAGUAUUGGGCCCCAUGGACUUAGUCAGGGAGGGGUGGGGGUGGGCAUCUCUGGUAGCUAUUGGAGUGAGGGGCCUCUGAGAAGGGAGACUCCUAGGCCCCCUCAUCCCUCCCUCUCCCCAGGGCCCCAUGUUCUGCAGCCUUAAGGUUGAACAUGAACGCACUUCCAUGUCAGUGCUGUGGGACUCCUGUGCGUGCCUCGGACUGCGUGUGUCGGCGGGAUGCAGGCACACGUGGGUGUGUGUGCAUGUGUGUUGUGUGUGAGGGCAGCGUGUCCUCCAGUGUGCAUGGUGUGUGGGCUUGGGCCCCAUCCCUGGCCCGAGCAUUUCAUCCUGUGGGAGAGGGGUGCUGACCUAGUGGGAGGGGCCCCGCCUUGAUCCAUGAGCUGCCCUGCCCACUCCUCCCCUCCCUGCAGCAACACCUCCGGGUGUUUGGAGUUCAGCUUUUGUGGGUUUGCUCUCCCUACCCCAUCUCCUGUACUAUGCAGUUCAUGGCAGGGUGGGGAGGGUGGGGUUGGUUCGGGUGGGUGAGGGUCUUUUUCCUCUGUGUGCGAUAUCGUUAUCUGACAGUUCUCCGUCCCUACUGGCCUUUCUCCUCGUCUUCAUAUUUGUACGGUACAAGCAAUAAAGACACUCAUUUCAGACCAGGGCCCAGCCUGCACUCACGCCGGCCCAGCCACUCUGGGCCUUGCCUUGGUGAUGGAGUCGGACCCCUGGGCCCCAGCCUCUCCUGUAGUAGUUGCUCCCUUCAGCAAGGAGGGCGCUGAGCAGGGGCUUGGAGGUGAGAAUGAGCUCAGGGCGAGGACAGCUGGGGUGUGUGCAGAAGCUCAGGCUGGAGAGGGUGGGUGCAGCUGGUGCUGUGGGGCUGAGGGGUAUGGGGAGGCUCCCCACUUGUGGGGGUGUGGUGGACAGAGACCACUCCAGGCCCUCAGUGCUGCUUAAGCUAAGAGAGGUGGGGUGGAGGGACAGGGGUGGAAGAUCUGGGUAGUCCAGAAUGAGGAGGGUGCCUGUGCUGUCACUGAGUGAGGGGAGUGGUUCAUUCCACAGGGCUGCCGAGCCUUAGAGGGGGGCAUUCCUGUCCUGCCCCACCUCCGCAUUUAUGCUGCCACCCGGAAGCCUUGAGGCCCCCAAAUUCCAGUACAGACCCAGUGGUGUGUUCAUGGUGGCGUGGCUGCUUCUCCUGGGAGCCCCAGAGCGUUUGGUUGGAACCCCGUUCAGCUUGGGGUCAGCCCUCCACUAGGCGCUGCCCUUUAGCCUGGCUGUGUCUGGGCCCCUGCACUUCCCAUGCUUGAGUCACGUGGCCGCAUGGCUGGGCACUGGCCGGAUGGCACGCCUCCCCCAGCCAGGGACCAGGGACCAGAGCUUUGGCCUGCCCUGCUGAGCCCUGCUGUGCAGAGGGCCUGGCACAGAUGAAUUUGAGAUUUUGCCACAAGGUGUUAGCACUUCACACCCAUUGAGUCUUUGAGAUUUUAAGUGAAUGUAAGCAGGAAAAGAUCCAGUUUACAGAAAUCAGAGUGAGCUACAGCCAAGACUUGUGUUCGGUUGGGGUUUUUUAGUUUGCCUUUCUAAAGUCACAUGGACCUUAAUUUAAUUACAAAAGUCUGCCCUGGUGGUCAUAAGCAGGCAGGCCUAUAAAGAAAGGCCUUUUACUCAUCCUUCUCAUCCCAGCCCCGAGCUGACCCCCGUUGCUGCUCCUCACACCACGGGGACGCAGGUCUCGUAGUGUGGGCACAGGCCUGGCUACCUCAUCUUGUUAGUGGCUCUUCUCUUCCACAGGAUGGGGGCCCACAGCUGCAGCAACUGGCCCCAUAGUUGAGCACAUGUGGUUAUCCUGUAGAGCUUUUCCCAAGGAGGGUGUUUGAACUUAGAGUCUUAAUAAAAUCUUACCAAAUAAAUUUUGAGUAGAAUAAUCGUCUUUUGCAAUGUACAUUUUAAAAAUUUCACAAGUUCUUUGUAUAUGAAGAACGGUAGACUGGGCACAAUGGUUCAUACCUAUAAUCCCAGCACUUUCGGAGGCCGAGGCGGGCGGCUCUCUUGAGGCCAGGGGUUCGAGACCAGCCUGGGCAACAUAGGGAGACCCUCAUCUCUACAAAAAAUACAAAAAUUAGCUGGGCAUGGUGGUACAUGCCUGUCAUCCCAGCUGACUUGGAAGGCUGAGGUGGGAAGAUCACUUGAGCCCAGGAGUUUGAGGCUGCAGUGAGCUGUGAUUGCCGCACUGCACUGCAGCCUGGGACAGUGAGACCAUGUCUCUUAAAAAAAAAGAAAACAUGAUACAUGCCAUUAAAAAAGACAGCAAAGCAGGAGUAUAAGAAAGUAAAUUCACCCAAGGUCUCAGGACCUUGAGUGCUCACUUUGGUGCUGAUUACCUCUGUGCAAAUGGACACGGCAUAAUAAACUGGUAGUUUCCUGCUCUUUUUGCCUCAUCUUUUCCAGUUAAUGUGAAGCCUCUGGGGGCUGCCCUGUGUGCAUUGAUGGCUGUGUUGAGUCAGGGGUAGCAGUGAGAUUCCCUUUUAGCUGCUGCAUUUGGGGAACUCAGACUUUCCAGCUGCUUCCUGGGGUUCCACAGGGUAGACUCCUCAACCGGUUCAGCUGCCCUGUUAAAAGGAAUUGACUUGGUUUCGUUUGGUGCUACCAGCAGUCCUGUAAUAAACUUUAGCUAUCUGUCUGUA